UGUAGUUUUGGGUCGAUUUCCCCCUCAUUUUUGCGCUUAGCAAAGACUAUGAAACCUCUCCAAAUAUCUCAAAAGAUACAGAGCUUCACUGAAGUUAGGAAAGAAAAAAAAUUGACAUCAUUAGUAUUGGUAGUUUGUUUAAUCUCUUUACCUGUUAUCCUUCUCUUGUUCAACAAUUCAAAGCUUCAUUUCUUCCAGUCCUUUGACCAAUCUUUUGUGGAAAAUGCACAAAAUACUUCAACAAAGGGAGAUAUUUCUCAAGUUUUUCAUAUUAUAGAUGGGCAUUACAAAUCAUCAAAUUCUACAAUUACUGAUCAGCAACACCAGCCUAAUGUCCUUACAUCAUCAGCAUUUGACAAAAGCUCAUGCAUAAGCAGGUACCAAUACUCUUCAUACUACAAAUCCAAACACUACAAAUUUCACAACCCAUCUCCCUAUUUGAUUUCCAAAAUUAGAAACUAUGAAAAACUUCAUACAAAAUGUGGCCCACAAUCACAAUCCUACACAAAAAUCAUAAACAAACUCACACAAUCAAACCACAUAAAUCACAAUCAAACCUUACCAUGCAAAUACCUUGUUUGGAGACCUGUCAAUGGACUAGGGAACAGAAUGCUAAGCAUGGCUUCAUCUUUCUUAUAUUCCCUUCUUCAAAAUCGAGUUUUCCUACUCGAAUUCGAACCCGAAAUGGAUAACCUCUUUUGCCAACCAUUUCCCAAUUCAACAUGGGUUUUACCCAAAAACUUCCCUUAUUCAAGCAAUUGGAGUCAAUUACCUACCCUUAAAAAUAGGGAAAAUGGACUUAUACCCUCAUUUUUGUACCUUAAUAUGCAACAUGGGGAAGGUUUAGGUGAUCAUAAUCUACAAUAUUUCGUUUGCAAUGAUACCCUUUCUUUCCUAGAAAAAAUCCCUGUUUUGAUCAUAAUUUCUGACCAAUAUUUUAUUCCUUGGUUGUUUAUGUCACCAAUUUUCAAGUUAGAGUUAAACAAAAUGUUUCUUGAUAAAGGUUCUGUCUUUCACCAUUUGGGUCACUACCUUUUUAAUCCUUCUAAUGAGGUUUGGACACUAAUUACAAGCUAUUAUCAAGCUUACUUAGCCAAGGCAGAUGAGAAAAUCGGCAUCCAAAUCAGGGUUUUUCAUCAGCCAAAAGCUCGAGUUGAUGAUAUAGUGUCACAAAUUUUGAAUUGCACCCAAAAACAUACCAUACUUCCUUCAUUUGGUAAUACUACUAGUAGUAGUACAUCUCAAAACACGACCUUAAAAUCGAAAGUUGUCCUUGUAACAUCGUUAUAUCCUGAGUAUGCCGAGGAAAUAAGAAGUAUGUAUUUAAUAAAGCCGACAGUCAAUGGAAAAGUUAUCGGAGUUUAUCAACCAAGCCAUGAAGAGUACCAAAAAUUUCAAGACAACAUGCAUAAUAUGAAGGCAUUGGCAGAAAUUUACUUGCUAAGCUUAUGUGAUGUGUUGGUGACUAGCCCUCGAUCAACUUUUGGGUAUGUUGCCCAAAGUUUAGGGGGAUUAAAGCCAUGGAUUAUGCUUAGAUUAGGAAGCAAACAACAUGAUUUAGGUUGCAAAAGAGAUUUUUCUAUGGAGCCUUGUUUUCAUCAUGUUCCUAAGAAUGAAUGUGAAGAUAAGAUUAAGAUUAAUAAGUCUACUAAGUAUAAUUAUCUUUAUCCUUAUGUACAGAAAUGUGAGGAUGUGAGGAGUGGAGUUAAGUUAUUUGGUUCAUAAUUUCACGAACAUAAAAUAU